AUGCCACCUCAUGAUGAACAAUAUUUGGUGGAAGAAAAGAGUUGGAGUGAAUUGCUUUCACAUGCUCGAUUAUGGCGGAAUAUUUCAAAGAAACGAAUGAAUAUGACGCUGCAUCAUUUUUCACUGUAUAUUGAUCAUUCGGGUACGGAACGAAUGCUCGCAUUAGGUGGAUCAGGGCAGUCUCCUCAAGAAACCAUCUACACUGCUCCAUUAACCCGUUCACCCUUGGUUAGCUCAGUGGCCAAGUUAACUUUAUGUCCGUAUUUAGACACGAAACCUAGUAAGGGUGGGCCACCACCUGCUGAAUUGGCUGCAUUAUGUGAAAGACAAAGAACAACCGUUUCAUCUGGCAUAUCGUCAUAUGACUUUGAUCCUACUUCAUUCACACUGUUGUAUUCCGAUUCUACCAGUUUGUAUCGUAUUCAGAAGGAAGAAAAAAGCGUAAUAGGAAAUGGUAUAAAGGGUUGUCCUUUGCACGCACAAUUAUGUCCGGUGGACAACACGCUGGUAGCAUUUGUUGCAAAUUCCAACGUGCAUAUUGAUUGGAAAGGGGAAGUGAUUUACUCAUCGUCAACUGGAGAUAAUAUUAUAAAUGGAUGUUCUUCGUUUAUUGCCCAAGAGGAGUUGGAUCGAUUUACAGGAAUGUGGUGGUCACCUGGUCCACGAAAAAUGCUGCUAUAUGAACAAGUUGACGAAACAGCUGUUACUAGUUUGCAAUUUACUAUACCAGGCUGCUCGCCUGGACGACCAAUGAAGUAUCCCGUUGCUGGGACUGCUAACGCUAUUUCUACAUUGCGGUUAAUUGUUAUUGAUGGAAACAAAAUCACUGAUGAAAAACUGGCUGUAGAACUUAAAACAGUUUAUCCUUGGUAUGAGUACCUAGCACGAGUCGGUUGGUUAUCUGAUGGAAGCGCAAUUUGGGCUUUGCUGCUCAGUCGACUGCAAGAUCGGUAUGCAUUAGUUUUGAUACCACUGAAUCUGUUUGGAUCACGAGAUAAUCAGAGUAGUGCGCAAGUAGUGACUUUGUUGCAAGAACAGUCAGAAAUUUGGUUCAAUGUGGAUAAUUUAACUCGAUUUCUAACUCCAGUUGGAGGAAUUUUGCAGUUUAUUCAUGCAAGUGAUCGUGAUGAUUAUACUCAUUUAUUUCACUAUACUGCUAAACUUGAUGAGGCUCAUGUAACAGCUACAUGCUCAUCUCGACCAGUAACUGCCGGAGACUGGUCGGUUUUAAAAGAACCCGGUUUAUUUGUUGAUGAAAAGAGAAAGCAUGUUUACUUUGUCGCCAACAAACACCAUCCGUCUGACUCCAAUUUAUGUGUAGUGUGUUACAGCGGUUCAUCGACAGACUCGAAGAUUUUAAGUGGUAUCGGCCUUUCAUAUAGAUACGAGCGGAUGGAAUGUGAAUUGCAGUUGAAUCCGGAAAUAGGAUUUGUUUGUUGGGAAAGCUCACUGCAAAUGCCACCACGAUGUGUAUUCUAUCGAUUGCAUCACUUAAAUGGUGAUCGGUUGCCAAUAGCAACACUACAACAUUUUAUUUAUUUGCCUCAGCAAAAUCUUGCUAAUGAAUUAAGCCAAAGGAUUGAAAAUAUAUGUGUGCCGAAAGUUGCAGUCAAGGAUUACCCUGAAUUAAUCGAAUACCAGUCAGAAAAUUCUAAACGAAAACACUAUGCGCUAUUGCUGAAGCCAUUUGGAGCAAUUAGAGGACUUCAGUAUCCGGUUAUUCAACUUGUUUACGGUGGGCCCGGGGUGCAACUUGUUCGUAACGCUUGGUCCACAUGGGUUGGAUUUCGAAAAUUUGCUAGUCUUGGUUAUGCAGUGCUUAUGGUUGAUGGACGAGGUUCAUCGAAUCGUGGUAUUUCAUUUGAGGCUGCUCUAAAAAAUAAGCUGGGAACUGUGGAAAUUGAAGAUCAAGUAGAAGGUCUUAGAGAAGUAGCGAAACGAACUGGUGGUUUACUAGACCUUACUCGAGUAGCGAUAAUGGGUUGGUCUUACGGCGGUUAUUUGGCACUGCUCUGCCUCGCAAAAAAUCCGAAUGUAUACAGGGCAGCGAUCGCUGGCGGUGCAGUUACAUGUUGGAGGCUUUAUGAUACUGCCUAUACAGAACGUUACUUGGGCUUGCCAUCUGAUCCUAUUUAUAAAGAUUCUUCAGUACUAAGUUAUGUUAACCAAUUACCGAAUGAAGUUGAUCGUUUGCUGAUUGUUCAUGGUUUAAUCGAUGAAAAUGUACACUUUUCUCAUACCGAGCGUCUAAUUGAGGCCUUAAUAGCAGCUGGCAAGCCACAUCGCUUGCAGGUUUUUCCAUCGGAACGUCACGGUGUACGAUCUGUCGAGGCAGGCGAAUUUCAUGAUGCUUCUAUGUUAUCCUUUUUGUGUCGCGCUCUUGCCGUUGAUCGUAUACAUUCAGAUAUUACGAAAAAUACAGAUAAGUCAUUCUAG